AUUCGGAGUUGCUUCCCUUUUGUUUAUUUACGUCUGCAAGAUGGCGACUGGAAGCUUAAAACGUUUUGGGCAGACGACGGAUGAAGAGAUGAUGGACAAACGGCUUAAAAUAAAUGCAGCAAACACACUAAGAUCAAACAAAAAGGCCGGGAACACCCUCAGGGAAUAUUUGAGAGAAACAGCAAUGGACAUUAGAUUUGAGGAAUAUGAUGAAGUUCGCCUGAAUGAAAUAUUGGGGCAAUUUUAUAUGAAUGCAAGAAAACCAGACGGUAACCACUACAAGAUUUCGUCACUUGAAAACAUUCGAUAUGGAAUAAAUAGAUAUUUAAGGUCGCCCCCUUACAACAAAACAUUUAGCAUAAUAAAGGACGCUGCAUUUAACAAUGCAAAUGUAAAUUUCAAAGCAGCGACUUCAGAACUGAAAAGAAUGGGUCUGGGUACCACUGAUCACUAUCCCAGUAUCAAUGAAACUGACCUGAUGAAGUUGUACAGUUCAAUCUAUUGUGCAACAAAUACUCCAUCUGGCUUGUACACAAAAGUGCAAUUUGACAUAAGGAUGUACUUUUGCAGGAGGGGACAGGAGAACAUGCAUUUGAUGACAAAAACAACUUUUGGUGUAGAGACGGACCCUGCCACAGGACUAAAAGUUGUACGAAAGAUGGAGGAUGAGAUGACAAAAAACCACAGGGAAACUGACAAAGAAGAGAGUUCGGGAGUCAUGCCAGAAGUGAAAGAUUUACCUUAUUGCCCUGUGAGCUCAUUCGAAUUGUAUGUGUUAAAGCUUAAUCCAGAAAACAACAGAUUAUGGCAGAGACCUCGGUCCAGUUUUUACAGUACAGAUGAUACCUUGUACUGCCAUGAACCAGUGGGAGAAAAGAAGUUAACAGUUUUUAUGUCCGAUCUUAGUAAAAGUGCUAACCUAUCACAGAUUUAUACAAAUCAUUCUAUUAGGGCUUCAGGUGCUACCAUUUUAUCAAAGAAUAUGUAUGGUCCAGCCCAGAUUAUGGCCGUCACAGGACAUAAAAGUGUCCAAUCCCUAACUGUGUAUCAACGGGUUGGUAAUUCAGAGAAAAUUAAAAUGGGUCAUACAUUGUCAGACAAUUUAGUCAAGAAAAAUAAUGCAAUGCCAGCAAUUUCUUCUACAGCAAUUCUUGCAUUGCCAGCUCCUGAACCAGUUUCAUGUAAUCAGCUGGCAUUGCCUAUCACAGAAAGCAGUGCAAAUGAAAAUAUUCAAAGGGAAGGAGGUAGAAUUGACUUUUUGAAAUAUCUAGAUGGACUUGACCUUGCUGAUGUUUUUGGUGAAUACAAAGAAAACAGAUGUGUUCAAAACAAUGUUAAGUCUGAAACACGUACAUGUAUGCAGUCAAAUCCUGCCGUAUUUAAUGACUGCAAAUUUACAAUAAUCCACAAUUUAACAAUCAACAAAUAACACUUAAUAAAUCUCAUGGUGGAAAAUACGCUUUGUUAAUUAAAUUAAUUGGUUGAUAAAACUGUUCUAAGAGUUUGUGAUAUUUAACA